AUGGCACUCCAACCAAACAAAUGGCCGGCUAAAACAGUUCGAGACACGUUCCUCGAUUUCUACAAAGAGAGGAACCAUAUUUUCACGCUUUCGUCCUCGGUCAUUCCGCACAACGAUCCCACUUUACUCUUCACCAAUGCUGGCAUGAACCAGUACAAGUCCAUCUUCCUUGGUACUGUCGAUCCGCAUGCAGACUUUGCCUAUUUGAAGCGUGCUACCAAUUCCCAAAAAUGCAUUCGUGCAGGUGGAAAGCACAACGACCUCGACGACGUGGGAAAGGAUAACUAUCACCACACUUUCUUUGAGAUGCUAGGCAACUGGUCCUUCGGUGACUAUUUCAAACAGGAAGCCGCUGAGUACUCGUGGGAGCUGCUCACAUGCGUGUUUGGCCUUGACCCCAGCAGACUCUAUAUCACCUAUUUCGAAGGUUAUGCCCCCCUAGGUCUUGGCCCGGACAUUGAUGCUCAAGAGAUCUGGCGUGCUAUUGGCGUACCUGAUGACCAUAUCAUCCCAGGAAACAUGAAAGAUAAUUUCUGGGAGAUGGGCAGCCAGGGACCGUGUGGACCCUGCAGUGAGGUCCACUAUGAUAGAGUCGGUGGACGAAACGCCGCUUAUCUGGUCAACCAAGAUGACCCCGACGUCGUGGAGAUCUGGAAUAUUGUUUUCAUUCAAUUCAACAGGGAGGCAGACAAGUCUUUGAGAUCCUUACCGAACAAGCACAUCGACACCGGGUUAGGCUUCGAGCGCCUGGUCUCGAUCGUGCAAGACAAGUCAUCGAAUUAUGACACAGACCUCUUCUCCCCUCUCUUUGAAAAGAUACAGGAAAUCACAGGAGCUCGUCCAUACCAAGGAAAGUUCGGCGCCGAAGAUGAUGGCAUUGACACCGCCUACCGUGUUGUGGCCGACCAUGUCCGCACAUGCACGGUUGCGAUUUCUGACGGCGCUGUACCUGAUAGCGUCGGUCGCGGUUACGUUGUACGGAGAAUCUUACGACGUGGUGUGCGAUACGCGAGAAAGUACUUUGACGCGAAAAUCGGUUCUUUCUUCUCGAAGAUUGUGCCUACAGUUGUCGAACAGAUCGGGGAUAUCUUCCCUGAAGUCAGAAGGAAUGAACAGACCGUGAAGGAGAUCCUCAACGAAGAGGAAGAAGCUUUUGCUUUAACUCUAGACCGAGGAGAAGCGAUGUUUGGCAAAUAUGCGCAGAAGUGUCAUGAGAGCGGUUCAAAGGACCUCCCCGGAGCUUACGUGUGGCGACUAUACGACACGUAUGGGUUCCCGGUUGACCUGACGAAGCUUAUGGCCGAAGAGCAAGGUCUGAAUAUUGACGAGGACGAAGUAUCCGCCGCCCAAGAGAUGGCCCGAGAGGCUAGCAAAGGCGAAAAGAAGAGUGCAUCUGAUCUCGUCACGCUCGAUGUUCACGAUCUCGCUGCUCUAGAGAAUAUAGUUGGCAUGUGUAAGACAGAUGAUGUGGCUAAGUAUAGGAAAGGUUCCAUCCAGUCAACUAUUAAGGCGCUAUACUAUGGUAAGACAUUUGUGACAAGCACGUCCGACGUCCCAAAUGGCGCACAGUUUGGUGUCCUUCUCGAUAAGACCAAUUUCUACGCUGAAGCUGGCGGUCAAAUUUUCGAUACUGGACGAUUGGUCAUCGACGAUGUUGCCGAAAUUGAUGUCCGUAAUGUGCAGUCAUAUGGAGCCUACGUAUUGCACACUGGCUAUAUGAAGUACGGCAUCUUGAAGAUUGGUGACACGGCGGAGAAGUCGGGGUCGCUUGUCGCGCCAGAGAAACUACGCUUCGACUUUUCGCACAAAUCUGGCCUCACUGAGGAGGAGAUUGAAAGAGUCCAAGAGAUCUGUCACAAUUACAUCAAAGAUGAUCGACACGUAUUUGUGGCGGACGUCACACUGGAGAAUGCACGUCGGAUCGAAGGUGUACGCACUAUUGUGGGUGAGACGUACCCUGAUCCAACCAGGGUUGUUUCGAUCGGAGUCCCUGUCAACGCCCUGGUUGACAAUGUUUCCAAGAACCGGUGGACCUACAGUGUCGAGUUAUGUGGAGGCACACACGUUGACAGGACCGGUGAGAUCAAGGAUAUGGUCUUGCUGGAGGAGUCCGGGAUCGCAAAAGGUGUCCGACGCAUUGUGGCUGCUACCGGUCAAGAGGCGCAAGAAGCCCGACAGAAUGCAGCUCGUCUUGAAGAGCACUUGGUGAGUAUGGAGCAGAUGUCUAUCUCCCCGGAGAAGGAGGCACUUGUCAAGCAGGCACAGGCCGAACUCGCCACGUCAACAAUCUCAAUUUUGGACAAGAAAUUGUUCGCAAGGCGACCCGAAGGAAGCAUCAAAGAGAUGAUGAAAGAGCAAAAAGAAACGCAGAGAAGUCAAGUCGAUGCUGCCAUCAACCAUGUCAAAACCGUCAUCGAUGAUAACCCAGCCAGCACCUCGUUUGUUGUCAACAUCCCGACUGAUUGUUCCGCCAAAGUUAUCACGGAGGCCAUUAAGCAUGUCUCUUCUAUCCACGACGACAAGAGCGUGUAUUUCAUAGGUGUAGAUGCCACUGGCAGGGUUGCCCACGGGUGCUUUGUCUCGCCGAAACACAUCUCGAAUGGGCUGGUGGCAAAUGAAUGGGCUGCGCAGGUUGCGAAAGUCGUGGGUGGAAAGGCUGGUGGAAAGGGUCUUAUAAGUAUGGGGAGCGGACCGGAUAAGGCCAAAGUGGAGGAUGGGAUGGUGGCUGCGAGAAUGUAUCUCCAAGAACUGCGAAUUUAA